AUGCAGGCUUUACCUUCCUUGAUCAUCUCCGUGUUUGGACUCAUCAUAGCUGGCUUUAUCAUGGACGAAUUUCAGCACUGGGACGUGUUCACGGAAACGAGCGAACUGUUUAUCUUGUUGCCUAUUUUGUUGAAUCUCAAAGGCAAUCUAGAAAUGAAUCUGGCGGCUAGAUUAUCCACCAGUGCCAACUUGGGUGAAUUGGAUUAUGGGCCAACUCGACGUUCUUUGGUGGUGGGUAACUUGGCACUGCUCCAAGUACAAGCGCUUGUUGCCGGUGCUUUGGCAGGUAUCGCGUCAUUUGCGCUUGGUCUGGUCACCAAACCCGGUAGACCCACCAGCUUUUACGAAAGCAUGUACAUGACAUCCAGUUCCAUGGUCUCUGCUUCAGUAUCCUCCGCUAUCCUCGGCCUUUUUAUGUGCGCAUUGGUGAUAUUAAGUAGACGAUUUCACAUCGAUCCAGACAACAUCGCCUGUCCCCUGGCUUCUGCCACCGGUGAUAUCGUUACGUUAGUGGUUUUGGCGGCAUGUGCAUACAUUUUACGAGGCCAUAUGGAUUCGCUUUUCAGUACAGCGGUAUUUCUUGCCAUGUCGGCCAUGUUGCCACUGUUUGGAUUCAUUGUCUGGAAAAACAAGCAUGUCAAUCAUCUGCUCUUCAGUGGCUGGACACCGAUCAUUUGUGCUAUGAUUAUAUCCAGUUUGGCAGGCAUUGUUCUAGAGGAAUACGUCGAAGAAUUCAAAGGUGUCGCCUUGUUGACACCGGUUCUGAUUGGUCUUGCUGGCAAUUUGGGGUCGAUUUAUGCGUCGCGUAUCAGUACUUGCUUGCACAGCAAGACCAAAGAAGACUACCAGCUGGUGGAGUGGACAUUGAUGAUCAUGAAUUUUCCAGUACAGCUUGUAUUUCUACUGCUCAUCUGGCGAUUCAAUAUGGGUCAGCUAGACUAUAAUGGAUGGUUUUUCUUGACGUACUUUGUCGUAUCGAUGAUAUGUACUUGGAUCUGCCUGAAAACUGCCAAGUUCAUGACCCUCGGUUUCUGGAAACUCGAUUAUGACCCUGACAAUUAUGUGAUCCCAUACCUGACCGCAAGUAUCGAUGUGGUGGGCACAGUGUUACUGGUGGCUUCGUUUUCGUGGUUGACAUCAUCGGGUGCAACCAAUAUGGCGAUUGAUUCCUCCGCAACCACCGUGGCAACCCCAAGUCCUUCAUAG